UUCUUCUGUUGCGGACUAGACGGCAACAUGAACUCAUCGGCAGGUGCUGGGAACUACCGUAGGGCUUCCACCACAGGGGACAAGGCGUUGCCUCGUCACAAAUCACCCGCCAUUGUGAAAGAAGGAGAUCGUUCGUGUGAUGGCAAAGAGGGCGCCUCCGCCUCUUGUCUGCCGCUGAGGUUAGUGGCAGUGAGAGAGAGGAGGAGAGACAACGUGGUGUGCAUGCAGAGGAGGACGCGCAGCACACGGACAAAGCUGAAGAGGACAUCUGUGCCAAUAUUACACACAUCGAUCACUCCAGGCUGCCGGAAUCAUUGUACGCCGAGUCUCCCCAGAGCGCACCCAAAAAACCACAAGCAGGUGUCUCUUUCUUGAAGCUGUUCCGUGUGCUGACUGACCCCGACCAUGGCUUCAUUGUAUCAGAGAUUCACCGGCAAGAUCAACACCACCAAUUCGUUCCCGCAGCCACCUGAGGCCAGCCGCCUGCUCGGCACGCAGGUUGCGGACGAGGAGAGCAAGAACCCCCAGCUGGUGGAUUCAAGGCUGCACGUCCAGUGCCGCAAGAAGAGCAUGCGAGAAGAUGAAGAUGACCUUGUGGGCAGCGCUCCGCCACAGAGGAACUGGAAAGGAAUUGCCAUCGCCCUGCUGGUCAUCCUCGUCAUCUGCUCCCUGAUUGUCACCUCUGUCAUCCUGCUCACCCCUCGUGAAGAUGACAGUCUGGCCCUCAAGAAAAAAGUCACUUUGGAUGACGUUUUUGGUCCCGACCUUCACGUGCACGACCCUGGUGCUGUGUGGCUCAGCGGUCAUGAGCUUCUGUAUCGUACGAGGGAGGGCGAUGUUGUGAAGAUUAAUAUGGACACAGGGGAGACAACUGUUGUUGUGCCAAACCAGAUGUUUGAAAGAUCCAAAGCCACGAGGUACAAAGUGUCACCUGACCUGCAACUUGUGCUCUUUGCCUUUGACGUGAAACUGAUGUACCAGCACUCCUUUGUGGCCAAGUACAUUAUUUACAGCCUCGUUACACAGGAAACAUGGCCACUCAGUCCUCCUGAAGUGCAUGAAGCCGUCCUACAGUUUGCUGGAUGGGGACCUAAAGGCCAGCAGCUGAUCUUCAUCUUUGAGAACAACAUCUACUACAGAGCAACAGUGGAGAGUCGCACCAUCCGCCUGGUUUCCACCGGCAAAGAGGGCGUGGUCUUCAAUGGCCUACCUGAUUGGCUCUAUGAAGAGGAAAUCCUGCAGAGCUACGAGGCCCACUGGUGGUCUCCCGAUGGGCUGCGUCUGGCCUACAUGACCAUCAACGACACGCUGGUACCAAAGAUGGAAGUCCCCUUUUUCACAGGAACGCCGUACCCCAACACGUUGGAAUACCAUUACCCAAAGGCUGGGGAGGAAAACCCUGUAGUACACCUGUCUGUGGUGAGCCUUAAUGGUCCUCUGCACACUGUGGUCAUGAAGAAACCUGAUGACCCCCGCAUUGGGAGGGAAUAUUACAUCACUAUGGUGAAGUGGGCCACCAGCACCAAAUUGGCUGUCAACUGGCUGAACAGAGCCCAGAACAACUCUAUACUGACGCUGUGUGAGGCAACCACAGGAGUCUGCAUCAAGAAACAUGAAGAUGAGAGCACCGGUUGGUUGCAUAGACAGAAUGAAGCGCCGCUCUUUUCCCAUGACGGACACAAGUUCUUCUUUACCAGAGCAAUUCCUCAGGGUGGCAGAGGAAAGUUUUUCCACGUUUCUAUGUCCACCUCUAUGCCUAACUCAAGCAUCGACAUACUUCAGUCCCUGACCUCAGGAGACUGGGACGUCACCAAGAUCUUAGCCUACAAUCAUCAGAGGAACCUAAUAUACUUCUUAAGCACAGAAGAUGACCCCAAGCGGAGACACUUGUACAGCACAGACACCAUCCCUCCAUUCAACCGCUGCUGCCUGUCCUGCCAGUUCAAGUGCGGCUACGUGGAUGUGUCCUUCAGCCACAGCAUGCACUACUUCCUACUCAGCUGUAAAGGACCUGACAUUCCCAGUGUGGCCAUCUACAGAACUGAGGACAAACAGAAGUUGUUUGACCUGGAGACAAACGAGAGAGUCAACAACACGUACUACAACAUGCAGAUGCCCAAAGUGGAGUACGAAACCAUCACCAUAGACGACUCCACACUCACAAUGCAGAUUCUGAAGCCGGCGGUUUUUGUGGACACGGCCCAUUACCCAUUACUCCUGCUGGUCGAUGGGACGCCCGGUGGCCAGAUGGUGACGGAGCAGUUCCAGGUGGACUGGGCCAGCGUCCUGGUCAGCAGCUUCAACACCAUCGUCAUCCGCUUCGAUGGCCACGGCAGCGGCUUCCAGGGUACCAACCUCCUCCACAAAGUGAGAAGGAGGCUGGGUAAGCUGGAGGAGCGGGACCAGCUGGAGGCGCUCAGGUUCAUAGCCAAACAGCCGUACAUUGAUAAGACUCGAAUGGGGGUCUACGGGAAGGCCUAUGGAGGCUAUUUAGCCACGCUGCUGCUCAGCUCAAUGGAGUUUAAUCAACUUAAAUGCGGAACUGCUGUCUCACCAAUCACAGAUUUUGAACUUUAUGUAUCGGCCUUCUCAGAACGAUACCUGGGCUCAAAGACAGAUUCCAGAGCGUAUACGAUGGCCAAUUUGGCCCUGAGAGCAGGUCAGCUGGUGCAGAAGCAGUACUUGAUCAUCCACCCGACGGCAGAUGAAAAAGUUCACUUUCAGCACACAGCCAAGUUUAUAAACCAUUUAAUCAGCGAGAAGGCCAAUUACACUCUGCAGAUCUACCCAGAUGAGGGCCACUUCCUGCACAGUGAUGACACCCAACAGCACCUAAGCCGUUCACUGGUCAAUUUCUUCGCGGAGUGCUUCCGGCUACCAGAAGUGUUGAAGGAGGAUCUGCAAGAGUCGGAUGAGGACGACAGCUAGACCUGCGAUGGGCGGCUACUACUAAUACACACAGCACAAUAUGCAACACACAAACAAACAAAGUGACCCAUUUCAGCGUACUCUGAAGUGCCGAACUUGCAUGUCAUGAUGGACGUCAGCUUAUGUAACUCACUUCCUCUCAUGUCCUACCUUGCUCCAGAGGGGAAGUGACUGGAUCACUGGACAUGUUGUUGAUGGCAUCCCCCUACAGGGCGCCCUCUGGUGGACACCUAGGACAUCCAUGGGCAGCCAUUAAAUACACUCAACUUGGCGUUUGAUUAGGUACAAUUUCAUCAGGUCCCACACAAAAAAAAAAGAUAACAAUGCUCAGUUUUGAUUGAUUAUUGUGGUUGCUGCCAUGCUUCUCGUGUUUUGGUCCUCUCGUGGAGCUGAAUAAGGCAACCGUUUAGAUUUUAUAUGUAAUAUUUUCCACUUUAUUUCCUUAACUUUUAAUCAUAUGAUUCAAGCAUAAAAAAUAUCAUGAUGACAGUGUCAAUCAAAACUGUGCAUUAUUGUCUUUGUAAAAGGCACAAUAUUUUAGUACGGAUUAGACUAUUUGUAAGUGUACCUAAAAUUGUGGCCAGUGAGUCUAACAUGUACUAGUUAUCCUGUAAUAUUACCUUAAAAGCACCAGAGACGGAGUCUGUUUUUCCACCAACUGGCGUAUUUUGGACGAAUAAACCAGACUGAUAUGAGGCAAGGAAUUUCCAGCACAAAGUAUCGUCCACUCGUGACGUGGAGAGACUGAAGUGCCAGUUUCUGCUGACACUUGCCAAUGAUAACUUGGUCGUUGUGUUCGUUUUGGUGUUUAUCCCCCCCUUUUCCACUUAAUAUUGUUGUGUCUUUUGAGCGGCUGCUUUGAAAAAUGGAAGGUUGUAAUCAAACAAUCACUUUUAGUGUUUUUAUUUUUAGUCACCGUGCCUUAAAAAGUGGGUGGGGGUUCAAUGUUAGGAGCCCACGUGAGACCGGAAGUGAAGAAAUAUGAGCCUCCAUACAUUUGUGAGCAAAACCGUUUCGUUAGGGGG